AUGGAUUUGCCCCCUGGACUGCCUAAUCAGAACAACAAAGUUUGUAGACUUUUAAAAAGUCUCUAUGGCCUUAAACAAGCAUCUAGACAAUGGUUUGAGAAAUUGUCUAACUCUCUUAUCACUUAUGGUUUCACUCAAGGAAAAUCUGAUUGCUCAUUGUUUAUUAAAAAGUCAGCAACUUCUUUCAUGGCAUUACUUGUUUAUGUUGAUAAUGUGUUGCUAGUAAGUGAUGAUUUGCAGCAAAUUCAGCUCUUGAAGAAGUUCUUACAUGAUCAAUUUACCAUUAAAGAUUUGGGACCAUUGAAAUAUUUUCUUGAUCUAGAAAUAGCAAGAUCAAAAACUGGUAUUUCACUUUGUCAACAAAAAUAUGCCUUGGACAUAUUACAAGACACUGAUCCAUCAGCAUAUAGGAGACUGGUUGGUAGAUUGUUAUACUUGACAAUCACCAGACCAGAUCUUGCCUAUUCUGUCCAAGUGUUAAGUCAGUUUUUAGCAAAACCAGCUGUCAGCCAUCACAAAGCAGCAAUGAGGGUCCUCAGAUAUCUAAAAGCUACACCAGGGCAUGGUUUGUUUUUCUCAUCAUCUUCAAAACUUCAUCUCAAAGCCUUCUUAGACAGUGAUUGGGCAGGCUGCAUCGACACCAGGAGAAGCAUAACAGGUUUUGCAAUAUUUUUGGGCAAUUCCCUAAUUUCAUGGAAGUCCAAAAAACAAGCCACAAUUAGUAGAUACUCUGCUGAAGCAAAGUAUCAAGCUCUUGCAGCUACAACAUGUGAGGUGCAAUGGUUGGUUUAUGCCUUGCAGGACUUGCAGAUUGAUCAUCAACAGCCCACAACUCUAUACAUAGAUAGCAAAUCAGUAAUGUCUAUUGCCACCAACUCAGUUCAGCAUGAGAGAACUAAGCAUAUACAAAUUGACUGUCACUUGGUUCAAGAGAAAUUGCAAGAGAAGCUUAUCAAACUGUUUUACAUUCCCUCUCGACUUCAGUUGGCAGACAUACUCACCAAGCCAUUGGGUUCAUUGCCUUUUUAUCACACUCUACGCAAGAUGAACAUUCUCAAUAUUCAUGUUCAUCUUGAGGGAGGGUGUUGGAGUAUAGCAUCCCAUAUAGAAAACAUGGAGUUAAAAUCCAAAGAAGGAAAGGCCAAGGCUAAAAUAGACAGUAUACAUUAG